UGUGUGUGUGUGAUAAAGAGAGAGAGGAGGAGUGUUAAACAGUGAUCCAGACAGAGAAAGAUCUCCAGUCCAUCAUGAACGUCCAAACCGCAGCGCUGGUUCUCUCUGCUGUCCUGCACACAGUAUGGGGUCAGAGUCCCAUCGUGUCCGUCCGGCCGCGUACAGCUGCUGUUAAACUCGGCGAGACGGUCAGCUUCACCUGCCGCGUGACCAGCGGAUCACAGCCCCUCCAGCUGGAGUGGAAGAGGACCAACAACCAGCCGCUGGGAGAUAACGUGAAGCUUGGACCUGACGGUGCUGUUCUGACCAUCACUAACGUCCGUCUCAAUAACCAGGGCGGGUAUCGCUGCAUCGCCACCAAUGCUCAGGGAAAAGGGACGGCCACAGCUUCUCUGACCAUCAGACAGCCUCCGAAGGUGCGUGUGACGCCGUCUGGGCCGCUGUCGGUUCGCGCGGGUGAGAGUGUGACUCUGGAGUGCCGUGUCACCGGGAAGCCCCGCCCCUCCAUCAGCUGGACCAAACAGGGCAGUGAGGCGGAGCUUGUUUCCACGACAACAGACACCACAGCAUCACUACAGGUGACAGUGAUGUCAGCAGAGGAUGCUGGGAUAUUUGUGUGCCGCGCUCAGAGCAGGGAGGGGCUUACUGAGGGGCGGGUGGAGCUCAGGAUGGAGGGCGGAGCCUCUGCUGGGGCGUUUCCCCAGGCCUCGGUUACAGAAACAGAUCUGACAGCCGUGGAGGGUCAGAGCAUCAGCAUGCACUGCCACGCCACCGGUUCACCCACUCCAGUCAUCUCCUGGUCGAAGCUGCGGGCGCCGUUGCCAUGGCAACACAAGGUGAACGGCGGGAUUCUGACCCUUAAUAACGUGGGUCGACAGGACUCAGGCCAGUACAUCUGUAACGCCACGAGCGCCCUGGGCUUCAGCGAGGCCUACGUGCAGCUGGAGGUGGACUCGCCUCCGUACGCCACCACACUGAUGGAGGAGACAGUGGCUCGUCCCGGUGACGCCUUGCGUCUGCAGUGUCUCGCUCAUGGCUCUCAUCCAAUCCGCUUCCGCUGGACGCGUGUGGGCGGAGCCUCCAUGCCGCCGGGGGCGGAGACCACCAAAGACGGCCUGCUGAAGAUCGUGCAGCUGAAAGUAUCGGACAGCGGCACGUAUAAGUGUGUGGCGACCAAUCACGUGGGCUCCAGUGAAGCGCUGACCAAAGUCACUGUGAGAGCUUAAUCACAGACCUGCUGAUUGUAAAAAUCUACCCAUUAAUUAUGAGGACAUUAGAGACUUCAGACCUACAAGACGAUGAAGCUCAGAGAC